GAUAUACUUCAGGGUACCUUCGUGUAAUUACGUUACAGAUCUAGGCAUCUAAAACAUUUGACAAGCAAUUUAAUAUAAUAAAGGGAAAAUCCCGAGGAAGGAGCCAUUUCCUCUCCCUUCCGGGCGACGGCGAGCUCGCUUUCCUCCCAGUUGCUACCUGCUCGCUUCUUCUGCUCCUCCACUCUCACGAGAAAUACUGGAAAUCGGUGAAAGAUCGGAAGAAAUGACUCCGGUAUCCCGUCUUCUGAGACUCUUCUUCUUCGUCGUCCUCUUGCUGCUCGCUGCGAAGUCCACGGACAUCGUCCGACCGGAGGCCGCGAAGCUCCCCGACGGUGAAGCCGCUGCACUCAAAGCAGUUGCAACCAAGUUGGGAAAGAAGGGUUGGAAUUUCGCCGUGGAUCCAUGCUCGAGGAGUGGAGGGUGGAUCGAUUCAAAGAACAACAAUGUCACAUGUAAUUGUUCUUACGCAAACGGAACGGUUUGUCACGUAGUAAGCAUAAAACUAGAGGAGCAAAACUUAGCAGGAGUGCUGCCUGAGGAGCUGAGCAAGCUCACCCACUUAUCAGAACUAUUUCUUGGAUCUAACUAUAUCAGUGGCACCAUUCCAGUUACUUGGUGUUCCUUGCCUUUGGUUGCGCUGGUGCUGUCAACAAAUCGUUUGUCUGGCCAGAUCCCAAAGGAGCUUGGGAACAUCAGCACGCUUGAAAAACUGGGACUUGAAGCAAACUUACUUGAAGGGCCACUUCCUCCAGAGCUGGGUAAUUUAGCCAGAAUGCAAAGAAUGUACCUGACUUCAAACAACUUCACUGGAGAGCUACCACCAGCAUUGGCCAAAUUAACUAACUUAAUUUACUUCUGGAUCAGUGGGAGCAAUUUCACUGGGAAGAUACCUGAUUUCAUUAGAAACUGGACUCAGCUUCAGAACUUGAUGAUAAUGGGUACAAAUAUGGAAGGUCCUAUACCUUCUAGCUUGUCAGUUUUGGAGAAUAUCACUCACCUGAGAAUUUCUGAUCUACAAGGUCCUGGCUCAAGUUUCCCGCCUCUGAAGAAUAUGAAAAAUUUGAAAAGAUUGAUACUGAGAAAUUGCAAACUUUCUGGCGAACUUCCAUCAUAUAUCUGGAGUAUGACUAAACUGACACAUCUGGACCUCUCUUUCAACAGCUUAACAGGACAUGUCCCAGCUUCUUUGUCUAUUGAGGCAAAUCUAAAUGAAAUGUUCCUACGGAACAACAAUUUUACUGGAAUGGUACCACAGUGGAUCUACAGUAGCAAAAAUAAUCUGGAUUUGUCUGUGAACAAUUUCACAGGAAACGCUCCAUCAUCAUGUCCACAAAGGAAUUUGAACCUGGUGUCCAGCUUCUCUUCCACUGACAACUUUGUGAAUUCGUGUUUUAGGAAGGAUUAUCCAUGUUCUGAGAUUGCAAAACACUCUUCCUUGUUCAUAAAUUGUGGAGGGAAUCAGUACAAUGACAAUGAAAACAAAUACGAAGCAGAUCCAACACCAUUGGGAGAGUCCACAUACUAUCUUAGUACUGAAAGGAACUGGGCCCUCACCAGCACUGGGGCUUUCAUGGAUAUGAAUACCACUGGUGCCCCUCUUAGUUACAUAAUAGCCAACAAAAGCAGAUUGUCAAUGAAUGAUCCAACAUUGUAUAUGACAGCACGUACGUCACCGAUGGCAAUGACAUAUUAUGGUCUGUGCCUACAGAGUGGGAGUUACAGUGUCAGCCUUCACUUUGCUGAAAUAAUUUUCACUGAUGACCAAACGUUUAGCAGCCUUGGUGAGCGUGUUUUUGAUGUAUCCAUCCAGAAUGAAAAAGUUCUAGAGAACUUUAACAUUGCAAGAGAAGCUGGUGGCCCGGGCAAGAAAAUCAUUAAAAGUUUCAAUGUUAAUGUGACGAAAAAUACUCUUGAGGUCAGUUUAUAUUGGGCAGGGAAAGGGACAAUUGUGAUUCCAACUAGAGGAGUAUAUGGGCCUCUUAUUUCAGCAAUUUCAGUGACACCCAAGUUUAAACCUGAGGACCAUUCCGAAGCUGGGACCAGGAAUGAACCUUCAGUUGUAGUGAUCGUUCUGAUUGUCCUCUUUGUUUGCCUCAUCAUCUUCCUUAUUUUAGUGAUCCUUCGGAUAAAAGGCUACCUUGGAGGCAGAGAAACUGUGGAUGAAGAUCUUAGGGUUCUACAGCUGCAAACUGGGUAUUUCAGCCUUAAACAGAUAAAAGCAGCUACGAGGAACUUCCAUCCUGAGAACAAGAUAGGGGAAGGUGGAUUUGGGCCAGUUUACAAGGGAGUUCUGGCAGAUGGUACUGCAAUUGCAGUUAAGAAGCUUUCAUCAAAAUCAAAACAAGGGAAUCGAGAAUUCUUGAAUGAGGUAGGCAUGAUAUCAGCUUUGCAGCAUCCAAAUCUUGUCAAGUUAUUUGGAUGCUGUAUUGAAGACAAAGAAUUGAUGCUGAUAUACGAGUACAUGGAAAAUAAUUCCCUUGCACAUGCUCUCUUUGGACCAUGCGAGCAUCAGUUGAUAUUGGACUGGCCAACAAGGCAGAAGAUCUGCAUUGGAGUAGCAAGAGGUCUAGCCUACCUUCAUGAAGAAUCUACACUGAAGAUUGUUCACAGAGAUAUCAAAGCUACAAAUAUCCUUCUUGAUAAAGACCUCAAUGCUAAAAUUUCAGAUUUUGGCUUAGCAAGGCUUGAUGAAGGCGAUAAAACACAUAUCAGCACUCGAAUAGCUGGGACAUUGGGAUAUUUGGCUCCCGAAUAUGCUACGCGUGGACACCUAACAGACAAGGCAGAUGUUUUCAGCUUUGGAGUGGUAGCUUUGGAGAUUGUUACUGGUCGAAGCAAUGCACAUGCCAUGCCAAAAGAGGAUUUUGUCUUCCUUUUGGACUGGGCCUUUUUUCUGCAAGAGAAGGGGAGCCUUUGGGAACUAGUCGAUCCAAGGUUAGGCUCAGAUUUAUCAGAGGAUCAGGCACUAAGAAUGCUGAACAUCGCUCUUCUUUGCACCAGCCCCUCUCCCUCUCUCAGGCCGACAAUGUCUUCUGUUGUUGAGAUGCUUGAAGGGAGAAUCCUGGCAAGAGCACCAACUCUGAGUAGUACUCUUGGCAAAGCUUCCCUGAGCAGUGCUUGGAGAUCCAGUAAUCCCUAUCUAUCCAGCAAUCUCAAAGACCAGUGAAUCAUCAGCUGGACCCCAUAGUAGUGGAUAUGGGUCAUAUGCAGGGUCAUUAGCUUCAUCAGCCGACCAAAUGUAUACAGGCAGUCUAUGCUCCAUAACUGAGAUUGAGAUGUACCAUAUGCAUUCGUGAUGUCAAAACUGUCACACAAAUGUAGCUGUGGAUACAUAUGUAUGGAGCUUCUUAGAAACUUUUCAAAUGUGUCUUGUAAAUGAGGAGAUAAUAGAAGUCAAGAGUACCAGUGGCAUGAUCAACACAUUGAAGUUUACCAGUUC